UCUGGAACGUUAAAGUUUAAUAUUAAAUGAUAUUUCUGCAGUAAGUGAUCACAUAUCCAGUGAAUAUACAUGGCGGUAAAAGAAGAGAUAAAGGAAUAGGUAUUGUGUUUUUGAAGAAAAUAGAAACUCGAGGCUAUUUGGAUCAUUCUUAGGCGCAAUUUAGAAACGACGACAAUGGAACGUAGCGUUCUGAUGUAUCUGUUCCUUUCGGCUUUUGUGUGCGAUGGUUUAUGUUCCAACUAUAGAACAGUGCGAACUCCGUCAGGACCCGUCAAAGGAAUUGGUAUACCUUAUAAUGGUGAUAUGGUGUUUCAAUACCGUAAUAUCCCAUAUGCUGAACCUCCAGUAGGUGAUUUGAGACUACAGAAGCCGGUACCACACCGAACAUGGACAGACGUUUUGGAUGCGACAACAUUCGGUCCUUCCUGUAUUCAAGAUGUUGCCCGAAUAAAAAGUUUAAUACCGAAACUGCCGAAUUCUAAUUUUUCUGAAGACUGUUUGCAACUCAAUGUGUAUACACCAAACAUUGUUUCAACAUCACAAAACAGAAAGAGCGUCAUGAUAUGGGUCCAUGGAGGAGCCUUCAUGUUAGGACAAGCCACGUAUUAUGAUGCAUCUAAUCUUGUAUCCAAGGGAGACGUCAUAGUUGUCACAGUGAAUUAUCGUCUUGGAGCGCUUGGAUUUUUCAGUACAGGUGACGAUGCGGCAAGAGGGAACUUUGGUCUUUGGGAUCAAAGACUAGCAUUCCAAUGGGUGAAAGAUAACAUCGCAUCCUUUGGUGGCGAUCCUGACACGAUGACCAUAUUUGGACAAUCUGCUGGGGCCUUUAGUGUUGGUAUCCACGCAACGAUACCUCUGAACAGAGGAUUAUUUACACGGGUGAUUUCUGAAAGUGGAGGACAAGGUUCAAAAAUAUCAGUCCGACAAGAUGCAGAUCUCAUCACAUUCGAAUACGGUCGAAAGAUCAACUGUAUUACAGGGGCAGAUAAUCACAUUGAUAUGCCGACACUCGUUCAAUGCCUUAGGAGGAAAACUACUGAUGAAAUAAUGGAUGCUCAAACAAAUCUGAACUCUUCUUUGUAUGGAGGUGAUUAUGGCAUCGAAUUCAUGCCAGUUGUUGAUGGAACUCUGAUAAAAGCCUUGCCUGAUGUUUUAAUUUCAAAUUCAACAUCUGAAGAAUACAAAUUCUUCCGGUCUUUAGACAUUAUAUAUGGCACAUGUAGCAGUGAAGGUUUGGUUGCAACUAUUAUCGCCUACGGCCUUCAGAAGAAAUACGGAUUCAAUGCAACGCUUGAAAUACCUACUAUUGUUUUACGUGACGAGUUUGCACCAACAAUUUCUCGCUAUUACUAUAACAGCAAUGAACACGUGUCCCGCGCUAUCUAUGACAAAUACACUAGCAAGGAUGCACUUACACAGAGCAAAAAUAUGAUAGAUUUGUUCACCGACUAUGUAUUUCUUGCUUCGACAGUAAAAGCACUGAACUUACAUUCAUCAACCGGUCUUGCCACAGGAGGAAACACUUUCCAGUACAUAUUUUCAGCACAUGGUGUUUUGAAAGGGUAUGUUCCUCCUGUCUACUUGGAAGGAGCAUGGCAUGGGGCCGAACUUCCGUUCUUGUUUGGUCUAGAUGGUCAAGGAGUUGUUGGGAACAAAACUGCAGAUAUCAACGCUGUAGCAAACACAGUGAUUACAUAUUGGACAAACUUCGCCAAACACGGGAAUCCGAAUAGCCACGGACUUCCUGAUUGGCCUGUGUAUAAUCCGGUGACAGCUGAGUAUCUGAACAUCAACACAAUAAUGUCAACAGGAAGUCACGUGGCCGAGGACAGAAUGAGGCUAUGGAACUGGUACAUCCCGUCACUGCUAAAGCUUCAAACGAGCGCUUUAAUAGGAAAAUAACCAAGCUUUUGAUUGAACCUGCCAUGCCGAUGAUUUCAAAUCUCAUUACGCACUGUAGACUUGAAUGACACUCAGUUAUCAAUUGACGUACAAUACAGGGACGGUGCUGAUGUUGAUAUGCAAACUUGGACUUUGAUUAUUAUUUUUAGUUCAGAACUCGAAUAAAAACUGUAUAUUCUUCAAUGUUUGUUACACAAGCAUCACAGAAAGCUUUCUAUAAACAAAUCAAAUGCAUCAAAAAUGUCUUAGAAAUAAAAAAAAAAUAAUGUUGAAUGGCA